CAAACAGUAUUUUGUGGAAAUUUGAACAAAAUGACCGAUUUGAUUGCAGUACCUCUUUUAUUUGCCAUUUUUAUAAAUGGUAUUCAUUCGGUGUUUGGUGUUGAGUCAGAAAUGUUUCCGCAAUUCAACGAAGAAAUGCAAACCAUCGAUCGUAUAAUGAGUGAACUAGACCACACUAUUCAAACCGCAAUCAAUGAAAAUGCGAACAACCCAGUUUUGUUAAUUAUACAAGGCGAUUUUAUUUCAACCUUCCAUGAGGUUGUAAAACAUUUAAAGCAACUACGAGACAAUUAUAUCGCAUGCUGUCAACUCUUUGAACCGGUGUACGCAGAAUAUUUACAAAUAUCGAAAGAUGCGAAGAAAAUUCAUGUAUUUCGAAGAACAGCAAACACAUGGAAGGGAAAAGUUAUGAUGAUAUUCCGUAUUGAAGUAUAUAUGAAGGAGGUGCAAAAUAAGGUUAUCCAGCUUGCCGAUGACAACAGUAUUUUUUAUAUGAUUCUGAAUGAAGUGCAGCGGUUCGGAUCCGCAAGAUCUAGAAUAAAGUGGAAAGCGUUGAAGAAACAAGCAACUGAUUUCAAAGAUUAAGACCGAGGCAGAAGCAAAAUGCCUGAAAACGAUCGACUUUGUAACUGCUCUCAAUGAAUCUCUUGGCAGAAAAUGAAAAUAGCGUGGGGAGUGCAGUUGAAUAAUUUCUCGAAAUUAUUGUCGGAGUUGAUUUCUAUUUCUU